CGAUGAUGCCACUCCUUAUCUCGUACCAUUUCCCAAGAGUCUCAUAUGAUAUGGCUUUCGGGGACAAGCGCACUAAUUCUAGAGAGCCCUUUCAGCACCGCUGUCUCGCCCUAUCGUUCCACCUCGACUAAGCAACUAACCCAAGUUUGACAAAGCGGACGGGCUGUUGACCGCUAGACGCAAAUUCUUUCACACUGUGUACAAAGACCACCUCAUCUAUUUCUGUACUCUCCUCCCUCAGUCAGAUUGAAUUGGAGGCAAAAUGCGCUUGAAUUUCAGUCAACCCCCAACACCGGCGUUGAGUCGGCAGAACACCACCUUCCUCAACAAUGCGCAUCACUAUCGCGCAGGGACGCAUCCGCAUCUCCUGACGAGUCGCAGCAAGCCUCGAAGAUGGCCUUUGGUGUUCCGAUUCAUCAAAGGCGCUAUCCAUGCGGCCAUUCUGCUGCCCGUCUUCCUGCACGCCGCGUUUACAGCCUUUGUGGUCUAUCUCGAUGUCUAUGUCUUUGAUACAGUUGGACUACCGAGCAGUAUUAUCCCAUCCUUAUCUAUAGUCGUGGGUUUGAUGCUCGUUUUCCGCAACCAGACCUCCUACAACCGAUUCUGGGAUGGGCGGAAUGGAAUGAACACGAUCUAUACGUGCAUUCGAAACCUAGUCAGGACUAUUGUCACCAAUGGCUACAGCACCGCGGGUCCUCCCACUGCCGCAGAGAAAGAGGACAUCGAGAGGACGAUACGUAUCCUCAUGUCAAUUCCCUUUGCAGUCAAGAAUCAUCUUCGCGCUGAAUGGGGAGCAGCCUGGGCUCUUGGAAAUGAUGUAGCCGAGAACGGUGUCGCAGCUUUCAACCCCGAUUAUGCAAGUCUCCUUCCAGCUGGACUGGUGGGCCACGAGGAUGAGGGGCUGGGAUUACCGUUUCAACUAACCUUCUUUGUGGAUGGAUUUAUCAAAAGGGGAGUGGAGCGCGGCUGGUUCAACGCUCCUGGGGCAAGUCAAAUGCAGGCUCAGUUGAACUCUUUGAUGGAUGCCUAUGGAAAAAUGGAGACCAUCAAGCUGACCCCUAUUCCGGUUGCGCAUUUGAUCCACCAAAAGCAAGUUCUCGCUCUCUUUGGCUGCGUCUUACCCUUCGGUAUGGUCGACGAUAUGGGGUGGUGGACCGUUCCUAUGGUCAGCCUGGUCAUCUUCACCUUGUAUGGCAUCGAAGGCAUCGGCUCGCAAUUAGAAGACCCCUUCGGGUACGACCGCAAUGACAUCAAGAUGGAUGCCAUUGUCGGCGACGCUAAGACCGAAAUUGACGUUGUACUGGCCGAAUGGCGCAGACUGAUGGCGUCGCUCGAGUCAGCGACCGAUAAUGGCGAUCAGCAUCUCGGCAACGGUCUGGUUGUGGAGGAGGAGGUUAAGGAGCCGAAAUUCAUGCCGCCUGAUAUGUUCCUCAAGCAUCGUGCGAGACCAUCAGGGCGAUAAGUAGACUAGCUAGCUAUUUCUGAUUGUGAUGGUUCCCAGAAACUGGGCGUUGUGGAGAUCCAGCAUAUCUAGCGUUGCUAAUAGGGGACUAUCACCUUAGACUAUGUCGGUUACAAGAGAUCGACGCCCCUAUCAGCCUGUCAAGCAUGCGAGUGAUUAUCUAGGAGGAUAUUUUCUUCGGUGCGAUCGUCAGGGGAUAUCUCCAUCGAGUAACUCGGAUUAUUGCUGGACCAAUCCGACGUCGUCGAGAUAUCAAGUCUAUAGUUUCUUUUUUUUAUCCCGAAUAGCUCCACUUUCUUUGCAUACCCUCAAUAUCAUGAACAUAAACAUAUAAAAGCCA